AUGCGUCAUUUGGCUGCGUACCUCCUCCUCCAGAUCGGCGGCAACGCCUCGCCCUCCGCGGCGGACAUCAAGAAGGUUCUCGGUGCCGUCGGUAUCGAGGCCGACGCUGAGCGUCUCGAGAAGCUCAUCUCUGAGCUCGAGGGCAAGGACGUCAACGCCCUGAUCGCUGAGGGCUCGUCCAAGCUUGCUUCCGUCCCCUCUGGUGGUGCGGUCGCUUCUUCGGGCGGUGCUGCGGCUGGCGGUGCCCCCGCCGCUGCUGAGGAGAAGGUGGAGGAGAAGAAGGAGGAGGAGAAGGAGGAGUCCGACGACGACAUGGGCUUCGGUCUGUUCGAUUAA